UAUAUAACCGACAACAUGAAGGCUCGUCUUUCUUCUAAGCAGACUCUCUUUGGAGUUUUGGGACUCAAGAAAAUCUCUCACAUGGCUUCUUCUUCUGUUAUGGGACAAGUGAGUACGGCAAUGCAACCUCAAGUCUUCAUAAACUUCCGCGGAUCUGAGCUGCGGAGAAGCUUCAUAGCCUUUCUCGAGCCUGCCAUGAGAGAAGCAAAUAUAAACGUCUUCAUAGACGAACUAGAGCUUAUGGGCACAGACCUAGAAAACCUUUUGGUGAGGAUUGAGGAAUCAAAGGUCGCACUGGCGAUCUUCUCUAGGGAUUACACCAGCUCGGUAUGGUGUCUCGACGAGCUUGUCAAGAUUAAGGAAUGUAAGGAUCAGCGCGGUCUUAAAGUGAUUCCCAUCUUCUACAAGCUUGAACCUUCAGUCGUGAAAUAUCUUCAAGGAAGCUUUGGCGAUAAUUUCAGGAAUCUGAAGCGCAAUCAUCAACACGAGCCUCUGAAAACCCAAAAAUGGGAGGAAGCUUUAACUUCCAUUACUGAAACAAUUGGGAUGCGCUUGCCAGAACAAAGUGACAGGUCCGAUAAAGAGUUCAUAAAUUCAAUCGUGGAAGAGGUUAAAAAAUUGCUGGCGAGUAUCCCCAUUGUAGAAAAACCUCCAAGAGAAGUAAAGAACCAGUCAAGCGGACUUUUCUUUGUCCCUGCAAGGAGACUUGAAAUUACUCAUUCGGAGAAUCCUGAAAACUGGACAUGGAGUUCUAUCUACGAUGGGCAAAGCAAAGCAGACAUUGAAGUGGCAACGCUGAUUAAGGUGUACUGGCUACAUAUAACCGGGAAUUUUCACACAAGGAAGCUAACACCGGGGACAAAGUACGAGGUAGUGUUCAUUUUGAACUUAGAUGAUACAGCAUCCGGAUGGGAGGAGCCAGUAACCCUAAAGCUGAAGCUGGAACAUCGUGGUGGACGCCAGAGUAUACAGGAGCGUACUCUGAGCUUAGAUGACUACAUUGACGACGGCAAUAAUUGGGUGGAUAUUCAAGUUGGAGAUUUUGAGGCACCGCCAAAGAGUGCGGCCGCCAAGAUCUUCUUUUCUUUGCAUCAAUACGUUGACACUGAUCGGAAAGAUGGCCUCGUGGUAAAAGGUGUUGCAAUACGCCCCAAGGCCAUGGACCAUGUCACUAUAUGAAUGGAGAAUCAUACUUGAUCUUUUAAUAUCUAAUUCAGUUUUUCCUUUAUGAAACGUGGUUUACGUCGCCUACUUUAUUUGUUAGCUGAUGAACCUUUGUUUGGUUUUAUCCAUUACUUUUUUAUAAUUGCAUUCAUAAUUUAGUUU